GUUACUAUAUAGUAAUAUUUUGUUUUAUAAUUGUUUUGUUUCAGUUGCUAAGGAAUCUGUGUCUAUAAAGAAGAACAAAAAGGCUGGCAAUCCGAAAUCAAAAGCAAUUGAGCUUGUACCUGAAAAAGAACCAAUUGAAGAAGAACAACCUAAUCAACUAGUUUUACAAAAUUCUUCUCUGGUUGACGUUCCACAGCCUGAAUCUCAUCAACUUCAUUCACAAGUUUUGAAAGAAGUUGGCGCUGAUGGCCUGCCUAUCGUGUUUAAUUUUGAUACACAAUGUUCAGGAGGAUCAUUGUGUAAAUUAAUUAAAGACUUCUCUCCUGAUCAAAAGGCAGCUGUUCAAGAGAUAGGGUUUGGAGGAUUGUUAGGCCUUCAAUUAAGUCGAAAAAACACUCAGAUGAUGUACUGGUGCAUCAAGUGCUUUGAUGGUGUGAGUUCUCUGUUUACAAUCAGUGAUUCCAAGCAAUUUGAAAUCACUGAUUAUGAUGUGUACGAUUUGUUUAUGCUCCCCCUUUCUGAGCUGGAGGUUGAAGGGGUUAAACGUGGGCGCAAUUCCACUAAUCCUGAUUUUGAUUUGAAGAUCAAGUGGAGAAAAGAGUUCGGUUUUGAAGAGGUCAAUGCUCAAAUUCCUAUAAGGUUGCUUGAGGACAAGAUUAAAUUGUUGACAUAUGGUGGUGAUCUGUUUAAACAAUUAUUUGUUUUUGUUGCUUUCUCUACAUUUUUUACUCCAACAGCCAAUAGGACUGUAGAUUUGAGAUUGGCUAAGGCUUUGGAAGAUCCUAAAAUGAUUCCCAAAUACAAUUGGUGUAAAUACGUUCUUGACGUAUUAUGUGAGGAAACAGUGAAAUUUAAAAAUUGUUUAUUGAAAGGCAAAGAUCAAAAGACAUUUGGAGGCUGUGUUGUGUUUUUGCAACUUGUGUAUUUUCAGAGGAUUAAGUUUAGGAAUUCCAGUGGUAUUCCUGGUCAAUUACCUCUUAUUCAGCAUUGGACAUCGAAGAUGGUAACCGAUCGGAUUCAUGCUGAAAAUGCCAAUAUGAGUGCAUUAUAUGGUUCUGGUAUAUUGGAGAAGGAGAAGUAUCCAAUUUUCAAAAAGUUUGUUUUUGUUGAUGGUCAAAUAGAUUUGACCCAAAUCAAAUCUAUUUCGAAAGAAAAUGAAGCUGGCAGCAGUGGGGGAAGAGCUGAACAGCCCUAUGUUGGGCGUCGAAUUCCAAGUCGGCGUCCUAGGAUUCUUCAGUUUGAAAUCCCUAGUUCUCAUCCUACAGAUGAAGAAAUUUUCUCUAAAGCCACUGAAGAUUUUCAUGGUCAGUGGUUGUUGAUGAAGAGAGAUCUGGAUGUAGUUUCAGCCAUCCAUGCUGAAGAGCUGUUCAAAUUAAAGGCUUCAAUGCCUUCGCAGAACCAUGGCGAUGAUAUUUUGGAAAAUUCCACUUAUCAAAAGAUGGUUGAUGAGUUGGUGGAGAUUCAUCAAUUGGUGAAGAAUCUACCAAAUGGUUGGGAUGACAUUUUUGGUUCAAGUAACAAUCCAGUUGUUACUGCUGCCCCUCAACCUUCUGCCGUUGUUCCAACUGAGCCUGCAGUUGUUACAGCUGCUGUUGUUGAUGCAACAACAUCUACCGAAGCAAUUAUUCGAGAAGUUGAUCCUGACACUCAAAUAAAUGCAGUUCUUGAUUCUUUGAAAAGCAAAGCUAAAGAAAUUACGGAGGAUGAUGAUGAAGAAAUAGAAGAAUAUGAGCGCGUGUGGGCUGCAUUUCAAAAAUGCAUCAUUAACAACCAUGCUGUAUCAAGAGUGAAUGUCAGUGUCUAUGGCAUAGAGGAAAAUGUGAUGUUUAUGUCUCCGUUUAUGAAAGCAUUUGAAGAUUUAAUGAGGCAUCUUCCAGCAUUUGUUCAAGAAGUUGUGGACUUUGCUGCUCUGACUGAUGGAGAGGGUAUUUUGACUGAUGAUAAAGUUAUAGAAUACAAUCAUUUUAUUGCGGUAGGAAGAGAUGACAUGUGGACCCUUCCUUCCACAUUUGAUAUUCUUUUGAUUCAUAUUGAAGCUUGGGCUUUUUUAUUGAAUGAAAAUGAAAGGAAUCCUGCCGGUUCUCCUCAGAAGCUGUUUUUAGGUGGCACAUAUUGUAAAUAUGUUGCUGAUUUGAUUGAGAAACCAGGCAAUGAAAAAAUCUUGUCUGAAUUGUGUGUUUGUCUUAAUUAUGGUGUGAAAGAUGUAAAUGGAGUUCAAUCGUUGAAAGAUUGUAAUAUGAUUUUUGCUCCUGUUCUGAUUGAAGACCCGAAGCAUUAUUACCUGUUUGUCAUUAGUAUGAAAGACAAAAGUGUCUAUUUCUUUGAUAAUAUGCUUCUGGAACCAAAAGAGAUGGAACAAAGGAAGAAAGCUUAUUCUGUCUUGUGUUCUUCAUUGGAAAAACUACUGAAAAAUAUGGAUAACAUUCAUCAUGAAGAUAUUAAAAGCUUCAUAUUUAUCCCGACUGUUGUGUCUAUUUGA